AUGUUGUCUCAUGGAGGAGCAAAAGCCAAUAACCUCGAGGUUAUUUUCCUUCCUAUUUUUAUUACAAGUCACACCAUCCCAAUGAUCGACAUGGCAAGGAUAUUUGCCAUGCAUGGUGUAAACAUCACCAUAUUCACCACAGCAGGGAACACCGGAAUUUUUCAGAAAUGCAUCGAGCGUGACAUCAGCCAUGGUCGAUGCAUAAAAAUGCAGAUCUUGGAAUUCCCAGCCAAACAAGUCGGGCUUCCGGUAGGAUUAGAAACCGUCAACGCUAAUACUCCUUAUGAGACAGCCAUAAAAAUCCUUGAGGGGUGUCAACUUCUACGACCACAAAUAGAGAAUUACUUGUUUGACAAGUUAUUUGAAGUUGAUUGCAUAGUUAGUGACAUGUUUUACACUUGGAGCGUCGAAACAGCAGCCAAGUUAGGCGUUCCAAGAUUUGUAUUCUGUCCUUCAAGUAUUUUUUCUCGUUGUGCAGAGCUCUCGUUUAUGCAACAUACAGCUCACACCGAAGGGAAGUCUGAAUAUGAAAAAGUCAUGAUCGUAGGGUUGCCCCAUAAGUUGGAGAUAGCUAGAAUGCAAUUAGCAGAUUGGUUAGCAAAGCCAACUGAGUUUAGAUCCAUAAUGAAGGUGGUCGAUGAUUCAACUAAAAGUAGCUAUGGUGCAGUAUUCAAUAGCUUUUAUGAUUUGGAGGGUGCUUAUGAGGAGCAUUACAAGACUGUGUUUGGGACAAAGUGUUGGAGCUUAGGACCGGUUUCAUUUUGGGCAAACCAAGAUCUAUCUGAUAAGGCAGAAAGAGGAGACGAAAAAGUAGAAGAAGGAGAUGUUUUGCUUCAAUGGCUUAACUCAAAGAAAGAGAAUUCUGUUAUCUAUGUGAGUUUUGGUAGCAUAAAUAAGUUUCUAACAUCUCAACUUAUUGAAAUUGCCCACGCACUUGAAGCUUCAACACAUGAUUUCGUUUGGGUGGUUGGUAAAAAUAGUGAUGUUGGAGGCAGUGAAGGGGAAGAAGGUUUUAUGAAAGAGUUUGAGAAGAGAGUGAAAGAAAGCAAUCAAGGGUAUUUGAUAUGGGGAUGGGCCCCACAAUUGUUGAUACUUGAAAACAAAGCCAUUGGAGGCAUUGUGACUCAUUGUGGUUGGAACACAACAAUGGAAAGCAUUAAUGUUGGGUUGCCAAUGGUGACUUGGCCUUUGUUUGCGGAACAAUUUUUUCAUGAGAAACUACUGGUUGAAGUAUUGGGGGUUGGGGUAUCAGUUGGAGUUAGAAAAUGGAGAGAAUGGGAUGACAUGGGGAAUGAUGUUGUGAAAAGGGAAGAUAUUGGAAAGGCUGUUGGUUUGGUGAUGGGAAAUGGAAAAGAAGCUAAUGAGAUGAGAUCAAGAGCCAAAGCUUUGAGUGAGGAUUCAAAGAAAGCUAUACUUGUUGGUGGGUCUUCUCAUACCAAUUUGAUGCAAAUCAUUGAAGAGCUUGAGUCUCUUAAACUUCAAAGGCUUAAUGGUGGCAUGUGA